AUGCCGCCAAUACUGCUGAUGAAGCGUACGCUGGACGACUUGGAAGAUCUGGACGCUUUUGACGACUUUGGUGCGAGCGAGGAUGAGAAAGAGCUAGUGGAACCCCACCCAAAGCGCCUACGAGACAAGAGCUCUAUUGCAAGAGAGGAAAAGCCACAGGAGAACCAUGCCCAGACCGAGGAGAAAGAUGUUGCAGACAGGCUUGUCGAGCUUAUGAUGCCUCGGAUGGAAGCUCAGAUGCAGCAAUUGGUCAACGGCGCGGCCAUGCGCAUGCUGGACGUCCUGAGCCAGAAGCUCGCUAGACUGGAGUCGCGAAUAGAUGAAAUGCACAACGAGUGGAAGAGAAGCAUCGGAACAUCUCUCACCGAUCUGAAGCGACAAGAUGCCAGGGAUCAAGAACCCGCAACGCAGCAGUACCAAUUUGGAAACCGCCAUCAAUCAGCAGUCCAGCAGUACUAUGGACGAACCCAGGCUCCACCCAUCACUGCUCUCAAACAAGAUACAAACACUUCUUCACGUCCGGAUGAUCCUUUGCAGACUUUCUUUCAAGAAGCUGCUCAAGCCGCAGACACUCCCACCAUCGUCGGCCCAACCAGCAAUCGUCGCGUCCCUUUCAUGGCUCGACGCCAUCGUCAGAUGGCAACUCCGGGCUUUGGACCCAACGCACAAACAACACCUAAUGGAACCGCCGAUAUAAAUCCAGAAGAUGCCCCACAAUACCGUCUGCAAAGAGGCGUAGAAAGCGUCAUGCAGCUAUGGCACGAGUUCUUUGUUGGCUCUGCCGAAAAACCUGCCAUCAACGAACUGGACCACAAGUAUGGCAGUGCCUGGCGCUGGAAGGACAACAAGGAAGGCGUCUACUACAGCAUGCGCCGCGUUGUUAUUGACGAGAUCCAAGCCCGUGUCGAAGCUCGUUGUCCCAAUUCCACAGGCGCGACUGGCGAUAUCUGGAUUGCCGUAUGCGAAGAAAUGGACGCUGAACGAACAAACAUGCAAUUCACCCUCAACCAAUACAUCUUCGAGUUGAAACGUCGAGACAAACCAGUACCCGUUCCUGGAACAAAAAAGUGGGAUCCGAAUAACCCCAAUCCGCCGCCGCCUCCAGUACUGUCACGCUCCACACCAUCAGUACAAAAACUCUGGACCGAGUGGUUCUCUGGAAAGUUGAACUAUAACGGCUAUGCCACUUUCCCAUCGAUUGUGCAAUUGAACCACAAAUUCGGAAACACAUGGCGUCAAUUCACUACGCCAGAGUACAACAUCUACCUCAAGCGUCGCUGUAUCAUUGACAUUGCACUGCGCCGGAUCGUCGAAGUAGGUGGAGACAAGACCGAAACCACCAAAAAGGUUCUGAAAAUGAUGGAUGCUGAGAGAGUAGCCCACAAUCUGAGUCUGGUGCAGUAUCACGCUUGGGCAAGAGAGAAAUAUGGCUACCAUGCCUCGUCAAGAACGCAUUUUCCAAAAUUUGUCGCCGAUCUGGGAGAGGCACCGGAAGAAGCUAUUGAGCUCGAAGCGCGAACUAGAUCACAGCAAGACGAGGAAGAUGGCGUCGUCAGAGAGCAUAGCACGGACAUUGAUACAGCAAUCUUGGGACAUGAACGCCAAAGUAAGAGUCGAAAUGGACAAGGACAGGACAGCCCUGUGCCGCCGUCACCAGCAUCGCUUGGUUAA